AUGACCUGCUACAAGGAGAAGAAUACACAUAAAAUUCCCGCAAACAAUAUUCUCUUAGAGCACUUCCACCAGUUGACAGUUGCCAUGCGGCUGAAACCCCCCCUCCCCGUUUUGAUUUUUCGCCAGAUUUCAGACGGCGAGAACUUCGCCGUCCGACCUCCGUUUGAGGCGCCGUUUCUUGCAAAAGCUUCAUCUCUUCCUCCUCUACCCAGCCCCCCCCUUUUCUCCGAUCGAAAACCCGGCAAACGGCGGUGGCGACGACGUGAAAACCAGUCAAAACUGCCGACGUCGCCGACGACGUUUCCGGCCAUCUCGAGCUGCGCCGUCACUUGGAACAGGUACUCCGACCACGCAUACGCAGCAAGCGAGACCCUCUCAGGGUCAAGCAGCGUGGGACUACUUCCAGUAGUUGACUGAGCUCCGCAGCAGAGCCGGAUCGUGCGCUUCCGAGCCUUGAGCCUUCGUAGGAC